AUGGGUGAUCUAGUAGAUGAUCUGGAAACCGGUCAACUAAAAUCAGGACUGUUACGUCCAGCAAAAAAAAUGAAAAAACGACGUCAACUGGAUGCAUUAUUGAAAUUUCGACCACGAAAGAAAAGUAGCGGAUCAACGAAAAACGAUGAUCUAUUAACAAGUUCAGAAGAUGAAUUAUUUCUGCCACAUUCAAGAAACGGAACUAAACUUGCUGGUCUUGCCUAUGCAAAUGUUGAAUUGAAACACGAAGUGCAAAAUUUAUCGUUAAGAAUAACUGACAUUGAAAAACGUUUAUCAUCAUUUGAAUUCAAUCGUUUAUUAACAACCCUUGAUUCGAUUAAAACUCGUUUAAUGAUCGUUGAAAAAUGGAAUGGAACAUUUUUUUAUAAUCAGUUGACUAAACUACAUGCAGAUUUCACUCGUAUGGCAUCUCGUGUAUCGAAAUUGAAUAGCGAUGAUGUUCAAGAUGUAGAAACAUCAUCGACUGACGCUGAACUAUCGGAAAAAUUAAACGUAAUUGAGCAAAAAUCUUCAAAAUUGAAAGAAGUAUCCGAUGAACUUGAGAUAUUAGAAAAAGCAAGUAAAUCUCAAACGGCCAAUAUGAUUUAUGAUAAUGAGAAAUUAUCGAAACAGUUUGAUAAAGAAAUGAUUGAACAGUUACUCGAACAAGAUAAGAGCAAGAAUCUUCAACAGGAUAUCAUUCAACUAUUACUAACUAUUGGAUCAUUUAAUGAAACAUUGCAAUCAACAACAUCCUUAUGGAAAAAUGAAAUAAAUUAUCUCAAAACCGAAAUUCAUUCAUUGAAUCAAACAUCAUCAUUUAGGGAACAAUUGAUGUCUCGGUUGACAGUUUCUUUCGAAGAAUUAAAUAGUCUUGUACAAAAUUCAUCAUUAAAAACAUCAACAAUGAUUGAAAUAUUUCAAAAUGAUAUUGAUGAUAUCCGAAAGAAACUGAACAAUUGUAAAUGUACACAAGAAGUUCAUUCGAAACCAUCAGUUGUCAAUGGCGACAUAUUAAGACAAAGUUCGAUAACAAAACCAACAAUAAACGCUAAUCUUGAGAUACCAACAAUGUCAACAUCAACGACGACUAGUGUUCCUACCUCGACAAUAUCUGAGCGAACAUUGCAUUCUAAUAGUAUCGAAAAUUAUUCAUCUUCGAUUAAUUCCAUUACUCCAAUAACAACGAAUAAGGCCGAUCUUGUUGAUGAUGAUCUAAAAACGCCGACUAUUGAUCAAUAUGAUAAGAAAAGUAACGAUACAGUCAUGAAAUCACUAUCUAAUGUAAUUAAAAAACAUCUUGAACAAAGAUCAGAUCAUAAUGAUGACAGAAGCAAUUUGGAAGACAACGAUGAAUCAGUUUAUUUUCAUAAGUUAUUAACAUUAAAAAAGAAGACAAAAAGUGAUAUUAUAAAUAAUUGA